AUGGGUUCUGCUUUAGCUGGGUUUUUCAGGAUUCAGUUUUUGCAAUUGAUUGAUUUAUGGUGCUCAAACCUUCAAGUUCUCUCUAUUAAGAGCAGCCCUAAUGUUACAGAUGAUUCCAUGAUUAACAUUGGUCAUGGGUGCCCCAAGCUUAGGGAACUUGACAUUAGCUAUUGCUAUGAAAUAUCUCAUGAGUCUUUGGCUUUGAUUGGAAGGCACUGUCCUAACCUCAAAAUUCUGAAAAGGAACCUGAUGAAUUGGUUGGAUCCUUCCCAACAUGUAAUUGUCCCAACUGAAUAUCUGAAUGCCUGUCCUCAAGAUGGAGAUUCAGACGCUGCUGCAAUUGGAAAAUUUAUGCCACAGUUACUGCAUCUUGAACUUCGGUUUUCCAAGUUAUCAGCCAAAGGGCUUGCUUUAAUUUCUGAGCGGUGUUUGAACCUCGAAUAUUUGGACCUAUCUGGUUGUGCAAACGUGACUAGCCGUGAUAUUGCAAAUGCCACGUCUAAUUUAAAGAAUUUGAUUAAUAUCAAGAAGCCCAAUUUCUAUAUCCCUAGGUCAGUCUUUCACACUGACAGGUAUGGCCACUGGAGGUUGUAUGAUGAGCGAUUCCAGACGGAUGUUUUCCGAAUUUGA